AUGUCGUUUAAAACAACCAUAUUGGGCUCUGAAAGGCUCCUCCCCAACAAGCCAAUCUCCGAGCAGAUUACCGCCCUCUCGUUGCUCGAUGCGGUCUCGGUGGAUUUCAUCGCGCCCUGUGCCACUUGGCUGUUCGAGCCUCCAGCCCCAACAGACCUCGAUCAUUUCGACCGUUCUCACCACUUUCGGACUUCGCUUCGGAUUACACUCGAAGCUUACCCCCAAUGGUGUGGGAGGCUGAAGCUGGUCACGGAGGUCGAUUCCGUUUCUGCAAUCGAUCCAGAUCAUGAGCUCCCUCCCCACGCUCGACGCCUGGGCCGUGUCCAUCUCAUCCAUGGAUCCUCGCAAGACCCCGGCGUGGAAUACAUCGUUGCCGAGAGCACGGCUACGCUGGACGACCUCUGUCCGACACCUCAAGCGCAAUCCCCGACUGUUUGGGACCGCUCGAAUGUAUCCUUUGCGUCCUUUGUUCCUUCCACGCCAGUCAAGAAACCCCAUGUAGACGCAGAUGAUGGAGGCGCUUUCCGGCCGCACGUAGCCAUUCAACUCACCUCCCUCGCGUGCGGUGGAUUCGUAUUGGCCGUGAAGACCGCCCACCCGCUGGCCGACGCCCAUUCCUUGGCCCGUUUUGUGAAAGACUGGGCGAGAGUCAGUCAGGCGCUCUGUCAGCGGUCAUCCAUUCCGCCGCUCACGCCUCUCUUCAACCCGGGGCUGUUGGACUCUCGCGCCACAGGCGACAUCAACGCCGACCACGCCGACCCAGACAUCAUCAAACGCAUCAGUACCUUGCCCUGCGAGCGAUACGAUUUCUGGACAGACUCUCCGGGCUGUCCAUGGCCCGUGACAAUCCCCGAGUCAUUCCGCGCCGCAGCGCAGGUGCCAGCGGGUAAGCCCAUCCCUUGGUCAGAACUUGACUCCAAAUCUUCCGCGCAUUACCUUGUCCGCCUGAGCAGGGAGCAGGUCGAGUCUCUCUGGCAAGAGGCGAACCAGGAUGCGGACAGAGGCCGACUCAGCCGCCAUGACGCCGUCCUCGCCCACAUCUGGUCCUGCAUCAACCGUGCGCGUCAACUCCAGGACGACCGCAACCCCGUUCACUGCAACCUGACCUGCGGACUGCGCUCCGCGCUCCAGCUCGGCGACAACUUCCUAGGCACACCGACGCUCAUGGCCGACGUGGAAAUGCCCGGCGCAGACGUCGCCGCCACCACCACGCUGCGUCCCAUUGCACAACGCAUCCGCAACUCUCUCCAGCAAGUAAGCGAGCCCGACCUACUGGGCGCUCACCUACACAGCGUAGCCUUUGAGUCCACCCCGCAGCGCAUCUGGCAAGGUUUCCUGGGCCGCCGCCAUAUCAUGGUGACGACGUGGGCCCGGGCCGGCCUGUACGAGGUAGACUUUGGCUGGGGGCCAGCGCGCUACGUCGAGGAUGUGCUGGAGAACCUGGACGGGCUGGUCGUGAUCAAGGAAGCGCCGCCAACAGACCGCCCCGCGGCAGCGGCGGCGUCUGGAUCGUGGACGGAGAACGGCGUGGAUGUCGUCCUACACCUCCGCAAGGAGGAUAUGGACCGGUUGAUCCGGGAUCCAGUGUUGACGCGCAGUGACUGA